AUGUCGAGCUCAUCUUCUCUCCGACGUCAGCCGUCAUCGUCCAGUCUCACACGUCCAGCGCAGCCACGAUCCAGGGCACCCAGCGUCGCUCCUCCCGUCUCAUCGACAGGCGCUGCUCGAAGGCUCACCGUCAACGGCACAGCGCAAAGCGCAUCUCGUUCCGCUUCAUCCGCUUCCAACAACUCAAACGAACUAGACAGGAAACGCUCCGAUGCCGGCGAAUCCAAUAUCCAAGUCGUCGUGCGUGUUCGAGGCCAAGCUCCGAACGAGCCCAAACGCACAGCACCUGGCAUCCUUACAACAUCCGGUCCGCGGUGCCAGCAGAUCGACGUCGCCAUCGAAGCGCCUCAAGUCUCUUCCUCUUCUGCCAUCGCCUCCACGUCUAACCUCGUGCAAGAGUCGGCCACACGUCAGAAGAGUUACCACUUUGAUCAGGUCUUUGGUCCCGAGGCUGACCAAGGCAUGGUAUAUCAGGAUGUCGUCGGUCCUAUCCUUGAAGAAGUCAUGUCCGGUUACAACUGUACCAUCUUCGCUUACGGUCAGACCGGGACAGGUAAAACACACACAAUGGAAGGCGACUUGACAUCCCAGAUGGGCACCUACAGCUCUGAAGCCGGUAUCAUCCCUCGCUCCCUCUAUCGCUUGUUUCACACCUUGGAGCUCUCCAAAGAAGAUUACUCGGUCAAGGCCACUUUCAUCGAGCUCUACAACGAAGAGCUCCGCGAUUUGCUCAGCAUCGACUCAUCAACAUCCUCAGCAGAGCCCUCCUCUUCCGCCACAGCUACAAAGGAGCCACAACACGCUUUACGAAUGUACGACGAUGCACGCGGAAAAGGCGUCGUCAUUCAGGGUCUCGAAGAGGUGGCCCUCAAAGACGCCGCCCACGGUCUUAGCGUGCUCCGACGUGGAAGCCAAAAGAGGCAGAUCGCAGCUACCAACUGCAACGAGCAGUCGAGCAGAUCUCAUAGCGUCUUCACCAUGACCGUCUUCAUCAAAGACAAGGGGUCCCGAGGCGAAGACGUGCUCAAGAUUGGCAAACUCAAUCUCGUCGAUUUGGCGGGUUCCGAAAACAUUGGUCGAUCCGGCGCCGAGAACAAGCGCGCAAGAGAAGCGGGCAUGAUCAACCAGAGCCUUCUCACGCUCGGUCGUGUCAUCAACGCACUCGUGGAGAAGAAUAGCCACAUUCCUUACCGCGAGUCCAAGCUCACGCGUCUCUUGCAGGAAUCGCUCGGUGGUCGUACCAAGACUUGCAUCAUCGCCACCGUUUCGCAAGAACGCGCCAACAUUGAGGAGACCCUCUCGACGCUCGACUAUGCCCUGCGAGCAAAGUCAAUCAAGAACCGUCCCGAGCUCAACACGCGUAUGACGCGUUCGGCGCUCAUCAAGGAGUACGUGUUCGAGAUCGAACGCCUUAAAGGCGAUCUUCAGGCAUCACGCGAUCAGAACGGCAUCUACCUCACCGAGGAAUCCUGGAAGACGAUGCAUUCCGAGCAUGAGGAACACAAGACGCUCGCCGAGUCGCUCAAACGUAAUGCUGAAGUCACAGAGAGCAAGCUCAACAGUCUCAAGGAGCAGUUCGAGCAGAACAUGCAGCUGCUCGUCAAGCGCGACCACGAGGUCAAGGCGGCCAAAUCCGAGUGCGCAGACAAGGUCGCCGAGCUCGAAGCCUUGAUCUCAAAGGCAAACUCACUCGAACUCACCGUUGAGCAAGAGGUAGCGCUGCGAAAGGCCUACAUGGCUAGCGAAGCGCAUCUCAACCAGGCUGCCACUUCGCUGGCUGACCUUGUGCAUCAGAGCACCGCCGAUGUUCAAGGUCUCUUCGAUAAGCUCGAGCGCAAGACAGCGGUGGAAAAAGCGAAUCGCGCUCUGGUGACAGAGUGUCGACAUGCCGUCUCGCAGAGAGCUGGCCAGCUCGAGUCGAGUUUGACCAGCUUGCACUCUGCAGAAGGGCAAUUCCAUGCCACUCUCCAAUCGAGCUUGGAAACGCUUGUCAGCAGCUCGGAAACGCGUCACGAAGAGCAGCAUCAGUUCCUGCAAGCACGUCUGAAAAAGAUUUCGACAUCCCUGCGCGAAGUGCGGUCGAGCCAGAUGGAGUCCAAGGACGUUCUGACAGCUCUGCUCGGCGAACUGGAUGCCACGCUCAAUAACAUGCAAUCUUCCAGUGAGGCCAAUUUGGGUUCGCUGAAAAAGACCUGUCGUGGAGCUAUCGACGAUGUCGUUCUGGCCAACACGCAACGAUUCGCCCAAGUGGCGGCUUCGUUGGAUUCCAUGGUUCAGUCUCACGUUGCUACACUCAAGCAUGUCGCCGAGAUCAAUCUGGCCAGUCAGCAACAGAUUGCGCAGAUCAAAGCAGCUGCCGAAGCUGCAAAUGCGCAAGAAAUCGCCAGCUUGAGGGAGCAAAACGCUCUAUUGACGGCGACGGUUGACGAGAUGAAGAGAAGCAAUCGGUCGCUCAAAGCGGAUCUCAUGGUCGACUUUGGUCGACUGUUGGACCGCUUCACGGAGCAGCAAGAAUCGGCCGUGUCGACGUCGAUCGGGUCGGCGCAGGCGCUCGUCACGCGUUCCACUGCCGCUUGCGAAUCUCAGGCUGCUGACCAAGCUACCCGACUCGACUCGCUUUGCGUCAGUGCCAACGAAACGGCUAUCCAGCUGACAACUUCGCAAACGUCGCUCGUCGACCAAACCGGCACCAUCAGUAAGGACGUCAACGAAGCCAGUGGCGAGCUGGGCGCCAAGAUGAACGCAUUUGCUUCUGCUAUCGAAGACGAUCUCUCGUCGACUGCGCAAACCACCAGUCGCAGCCAUGUCGAAAUCUCGUCUCUCACCAACAAAGCGCGAGAAGAGAUCGAAUCGCGCACCAAAUCGCAAUCGGCUAAGAUCAAGGCUUCCAACACCAAGCUCACCGAGACGUUUGAAUCGAUCAGCUCGAACCUGCAAGCUUCGUCGAAAGAAAUCAGCGAGGCGGCGAGACAAGUGGGUGGGCUGGCGGACGAGAGACGCGAUGAAGUGAAAGUGUGGAGCGAGCAGAUGGGCGCAGGGCUACAAGGGUUGUCAUCUGACUCGAAUGCCUUGUUGGUGGCCAAGUUUAGGGAGGAUAAGAGUACCGGGCAUACACCGCAAAAGAAGGUGUGGAAGAUGCCGGGACGUUGGACGCUUGUACCGGGCAAUCGGGAGGAGGCGAUUGAAAUCGGGAAAAAAGUUAAAGAUACUCUUUCGAGCUCGGCUGUGCUCGCUAUGGAAAGCGAGGAUGUAGCCAGUUCCGAUCUCGACAUGGGACCUUGUUCCGAGGCCGAACUGGACAUGGCAGCCGCAAGUUGCCCGGCAGACGAGAGCGUCGAACAAGAGCCAGUGUUGCAAACGCCCACAUCUCCACCAGCACCAGCAGCUGCUGUGGAAGCAUCAGCCGAAGUGGCCCAAACAAGACGGUCUAGUCGACCUCUACGAGAACUGCCGUUCGGCUACUCAAACCUACCCGUUUCCGCUUCCAACGAAGAGGUGGUCGCCAUCAAGGCUGUCGUUGACCCAGCAGCAUCGGCGUUGCCCAAGACGAGAAGUGCAAAAAACAAACUCACCACUUCCGCCCUCCCCAUCAGCAAGCGAGCGAGGUCAUAA